ACAAGACAUAAGGUUUUUAUUCCCUUCUUUGAUCAGCAAAGCACACAACAACAUGUACAAUUCGUGCGGUGUCCUUUUCCUUUCAUUUGGAUUUACCAUACUGGAGUCCAUCACCUGUUACAGCGAUGGAUCUCAAUUGGGGAGUCAAUGUCAAGGAAUGAAUAUCCAACAUAAUGGUCAACCAGCACAAAACAGAGAAGCCCCUUUCAAGAUAGAACCAGAAUAUAUUGAAGUGACCAAUUCUUCACGGGGAAGGAACACUACUGUCUCGCUUUCGGCUAAUCCGACUCAAUUCAGAGGUUUCAUGUUGGACGCUCGUGCGUGUGAUAAUUGUAAAUCUGCUGGCAAGUUUAAUUUGAUUAACCCGAAGGACAGCGAACUCAUCUGUGAUGGCCGUGUUGUGGCUCAAAAUAAUAACCAAAGAAAAACGACAGUUCAAGUGUUGUGGACCCCCGAAGAGACUGGAUUGUUUUUCUUCAGAGCUGCAUUCGUUGAAGUUUUUGGUAGAUUUUGGCUAAGGAAGGCGAUCAUACUCACGACGACUGCACCAUCAUUCACUGAAUCCACCAGUCACAGUACACAAACAAGUCCAACAGUUGCACCAGCAUCGCCGCCUCAGUGUGCACAAUAUACGAGAUUUGCUUUAGCACUGUUAUUAUUCAGUCGACUGUGUUUUCUUGGAGGCACCUUUCUCCUGAUGAUCAUUAGACCAGUGUCGAAAAUGGCCACCAAGAUUGCGUCUGUCUUUGAACCAGCCUCCAAACUUAUUGCUGUCAUCUUCAUGCUAAUAAAACUAAUUAAAUAUGAGUGUGUGUUUGAGUGUGAUAGAUUGCAGAAUGUGUUUACUGCUUUGACAGUGGCUGCCAUGGUUUCAAGCCUGUUGCACACUCUCACAGUUUUCCUUCACUGUGGACCAAGCCAUGAAUUAAGGAAGUGUUGGCUCUGUGCCAUCAUAACGAUUGGCCUAAUGAAUACUAUCAUUACAACAACUGCAAUAUUCUUUGAAAUAUGGCGCUUUGAAGAGCUCUGGGUGCCAUCAUUAAUGGGAGUUUUUGUUAUUUGGGAGUUCAUGCUUUAUCUGGGCUCAGUUUACUUUGAACAGAUGGGAAAAUACCAGUCAAGAAAAAAUCAGAAUCGUAUUCUGGAAAAGAGGGUAAGUGACCUUUACAUUUUCUUAUCUUAUCUUAUAUUUGUGUACAUUCACGCAAGCUGCUUAUUACACAUGGUUUUGACUAAAAAAAUAAACUUUACAGAGUAUAGCAGCUCAACAAAUAUUUUAUGGCAACAUCUUCAACAUCCACAACAUCUUAGGAACUCACUAAUAUAACCAUGCAUACACACUGAUAUUGUUACCUUAAAUAUUACACAUUAAACCUCUUUUCUUUUUUAUUUUCAGAUAUCCCCAUGGUUGUUUACGUUCAUCAUCUUUUCAGUGUUUAAUGCAAUGUAUACAACUGCUCUUAUGACAGGAGUGUCUUUGGUCAAAAUGAAAAAUUGUUGAAGGAAGUGAUUAUGUUUUCUUGGUACUUUUGUAUGACUAAGCAAAUAUGGGUGCAACUUUUUACAGCCCUAGCACAUCAGUAACCCUUCAAAAGGAUAUGAAUAACAACUUUAUUCAGAUUAAUUAUAUUGGAGUCAGAUAAGUAGCUGAAUUAUGCACAUCAUCUUUCAACUGCUAUUUAUGAUUUUAGGUUUAAAUUUGUGUGGCCUGUUCACACUAAGGAUGACGAUAACUAUAACAAGAACAAAGUUAAAUUUUUUUGUUCUGAUUGUAUAAUAUAGAAGUCCGCAUCACAGUUAUAACGAUAACGAAACAGAUGGACAAUAUCGGAAUCACUUUCACAUCGAUUUUCUCCAGAUGAUGAACGAUAAAAAAUAUUGACAGCCAAUCAAAACCCACUCAAAUUUUAAGAGCUUGAUUAUUUUAAGUGGCAGAUCACAAAACGUCAGUGCACAUUUAUAAUAAACUGAACGUCAUUGUGCGUUGUUGUGGACGCUAAAAUGAUCGUUGUCUUUAUAGUUAUUGUUAAUAGUGAACUCGCCUUAAGAUUCCACCUUUUUUACUUUGUUCUUACACAUCAUGUAAUUUACUGAGCAAUAUUAAUUUGUAUAUAUGUAUCUGUAUGUAUUUGUAGAUGUUUUUUAUUAUUGUAAGUUAAGUGAAGCAGUACAGUGGUGUUAAAAAUUCUUAAUUGAUAAUCUUCAUUUUGGUUUCUCUUCCAAAUGAAUUACACUUAUACUUGAAAAUGUUGUUAAGGAACGAAGUUCACCAAAUAUUUUAUUUAUAAUAAAAUAAAUACAUUCAUACAAAUAUUCAUUCAUCACCACAUAAAUUGUUGCUAAGGCUGUGUCUGUUUCCGUGUUUUGACACCAAAACAGUUACGCAAUUACAAUGAUGCAAUACUGCUAUAACAUUUUUUUUUUAAAUUUACUGAACAGUUUGAAUAAUAUUUUAUACUUCCUUAUGUGUCUCGCAUUCAUCAACAAUAAAAAUGUAUUGAUUGGGGAAAACACUGUUUCCUGUUUACUUU